UAUCGGGUGGGACCAAUGGGUUUUCUCAGCACGGAAGAUGAAGUAGUUCCUGGCAACAUGGGUCUGAAGGAUCAAAGUAUGGCACUUCGCUGGGUAUCGGAGAACAUCGAAUGGUUCGGUGGCGACCCGGAGAAAGUGACCUUGGUCGGUUUGAGUGCCGGUGGUGCAAGUGUGCAUUAUCAUUACUUAUCGCAACUGAGCGCGAAUCUUUUUAAAGGUGGCAUAUCAUUCAGCGGUACAGCGUUUGAUUGUUGGACGCAAACGGAGAACGCCUUAGAGAAGGCCAAGAAAUUGGGCGCUUUGAUGGGAUGCCCUACCACCAGCUCCAGAGAUAUGAUACGUUGUUUGAGAUACCGUCCAGCCCGCGCAAUCGUCCAGGCUACAAGUGAAUUUAUGCCGUUCUUAUACAAUCCCUUCACUCCUUUCGGUCCGGUAGUUGAGAAGAUUGGUGAUGAAGCACCCUUCAUCGACAGAACGCCCGUUGAAAUCAUUAAUAGCAGUGACGUUCAAGACGUACCCUGGGUUACGGGAGUAACGAGCGAAGAAGGCCUCUAUCCCGUAGCUGAGUUUAUUGCUGUGGAUCAAAAUUUGAAAGAGCUGAACGACAAUUGGGAUAUUCUUGGGCCGCACUUCCUUGAUUUUAACUAUACCAUCCCCAAAGAGAAACAUAUCGAAAUUGCUCGUCUCAUCAAGACACAUUACUUUGGUACAAAACCGAUCGAUCGACAGAGUACAAAAGAACUGAUACAAAUGUCGAGUGAUCGCUUCUUCGUGGUCGAUAGCGAGAAGGCCGCGCGAAUGCAAGCUGGAGUAAAUCAAAAUCCAGUCUGGUAUUAUUACUUCAGUUACAGAGGAGCGCAAAGUUUAAGCGAUUCUUUCAGCGGUACCACUGAGAAUUAUGGUAAGUUUAUGUGGAAUACCAAUGUUUAUGUAUAUUAAAUUUACAUGUAAGCGACGGGAAAAAUUAACGGAGCCGACCGGGACUC